CUAUGCUUGUGGAAACGACUAUAAGUCGGACCUCACAGACACAAUAUGAACAAGUAUGAAGAAUCCAAUGGCAAUCUUCACUAGACGACAGCAGUUCUAGAGUGUCGACGCACGAGACAGCAAGAUUAAGUUUAGAUUGAUGGCUCGGUAGGCAUUAUAGACUUCAGCGAUAUCAAGAUCCAUUGGCGCCACUGUACACGACCAGAGCUGAAGAUCAACUGAGUUGUGCGGCGGUGGAUUGUAGCGUCCAAUCGCUUGCGGGACUGCUGUCUCUUGCUGUGUGGUCUCGACGUCGCAUGGUCAAAGCUCCAAGCUACGAAGAUUCCUAUAUAUGUACCGAAAGUCUCAUAGUUGUGAAGACAGAAAAGCGUUGAUUAUCGUUGCUACACAAUCUCGUAUCCAGACUUUCUGUCACUCAAUCUUCUUGCGGUUCUUGUGUGUUGACCGAAUCACAAUAUGGGCAUUGUUGCGAUCAUUGGAGAAGUCAUCUCGGCGGUCAAACUGGCCGAGAAGGUGAAGGACACACUUCGCAUACUCUUCCCGGAGCCACCCCAGGAGCUCACUAAGAAGCAUCGAUGGUAUCAAUGCACGAUCAAAAAUUGCACGCAAUUCAAGUUGCUAGUUGGUGAUACUUACAUCGACACCGGAAAGUGGUGGACGCCUCCACAGGGCACUAGUCCUUUUGAACAGACGACGUUCAGCGCUAGCAAUGGCGACCAUAAUCCAGGGGGAGCAACUGGGGGUGUGGCGUGGAAGUUAUACCUAGAUGAGCAGCACUGGUUCUAUUUUUCAGUAGGCCUCACCAGUCCAGCAACAGGGUCCUCCAAAGCUGCCAUUGUUGAAUCAGAAGACCCUGAAGCCGGGUACAAGGCCGCGACGAAGCAGGGAAGUAGCAUAGUAUCCAAAGAUCAAUAUAAGAUCAAGGACAAGGAUGGUAAUGAACAGCUGAUUUUCUUCCACUGUGUGGCUAUCCCCGGCCAUGAGAUGAGGAUUGAGAUCACUCAGACGAUUGUUCAAGAGGGAGACGAAGAUGGGUUUUGAUGAGAUCCAACAAGUUGACAAGACUACACAUUUGUAGAAGAAUCACUAAUCG